AAAAAAUUCGGGAAACAAAAACCUUCUGGGGAAGAAAGGUCCAAAAAAAAGAAAAAGAAAUUUGCUCACGAAUUCUCUUCCUCAAUCCUCACUAUCCAUGGCAGACGAUAACAGAAAGGGGAUCGCAUCUUCAGCUCUUGGGGAAAAAGAUAAACAUGUUAAAUCACCCAAUUUAAUUGAGAGAGCUAAGGAGGAAAUUGAAGCAGUGUUUCAUGGUGGGAAACCCUCAUCACCUAGGCACCACCAGGAAACACAUGGAAGAAAUGAUGACAUUGAUGAUAAGACCUCUGCUGAUGAAGUCAAGGGCCCGAAUGUUUUUGAGCGUGUGAAAGAAGAGAUUGAAGCUGUUGUGGAAGCUGUUCAUCCCAAGAAGUGAACAUUUUCUUUUUCCUUUCUCUUUUUUGCUCUGAAAAUUUGUCAGCUUUGAGGUUUACUUUUUAUUCAAAAUGUUUGUUCACUGUGUAUAGUUUAGCUCAAUGGAUCCAUUUUCGGUAGUUCUUUCGGUAUCAUUUGUUGUUCAGUUGCAACUUUUAACAACUAUGAAAAAUAGGAAGAAAAAUUUGUUCUGGAUUACUAGCCUCUUUCAAAUUGAACAAUGUAGGAAGGAAGCAAUUAUACUAGGUAAGAGGGAUAUUACUACAUAGUACUAGGUGAGAGAUAAGUACAUUGGGGAGGUAGAAACACAUUCUGGAUUGCAGUAUGAAUGUUUCCCUCUCCAAGUUAAGACUCAAGGACUUCUGCAUUUUUUGGCUCUGCCGUUCAUGGAGUGUAUAAUGUAGGACCACAUUUGCAUUUCCACCCUUCAGGUUCAUAAUUUGCAUAUUGAACUCCCACAUGGCCAGUGGUGGUAGGCACUUGAAUGGCUUGACAUGGCAUGCAUCCAUAGCACUUGUGCUCACAGCUUGGUGGACUUGAUCCUAUUCUGUUCACUUCUCUGUUUUCUUCUGCUUCCUCCAAGUUUUCCUUGCCUCCAUUCUCCUGCCAAUUACUUCAAGAAGGUUAGUACUUCUUCUUCUAAAUGUAUUGAUUAGUAUGGAAAGGUAGAUAGUUAAGAAAGACCUUAUUGAAGGUUAGGUUUGUCCCUGAAGACCUAGAUGAAUUAGGCAGCUCUGUCCCUGAUGUAAAUUGGUGUUUGAUCAGUAACACAAUCCCAGGUAGGAUUUAGGAUGUAAUGAUUAAAAUGAAAGAAAACUAGUGCAAUAGCAUUAGUAAAUUUAACCAAAAGAAGUGGAUGAGAAGCAGGAAAUGGAAGAGGAACAUAGGCUAAAAAACUUACCAUUUGGCACAAGAGGCCUGCUGUUUGCGGUGGCAGCCAAAUUGAGUAUGUGCAGAAUUGAGAUAAAGAGAAGGAAUUGACCCCUCAUUACUUUUAGGAACCUGUAUGAACGGAAUGGUGAUGAUUGCUGUGAUGAUUGAGGAGUCUAGAAACUUGAAGACAACAGGAAAAUGGAAUUGGUUUUAGGGAAUUAUUGCAGGGUGCAUGUCAUAUGAAUGAUCGCAGUGUGUGUGGUUCAUUUAUAUAAGAAAGGGAAGAAAAGGGGUGAAGAAAGAAACAAGUGCCCAUUUCCCAAAAUGCUAGUUCCACACUGCUAACUCAUUCAUAGCCAUUAGGCCAACCCAUCAAUCUCAAAAGGUUCAUUUUUUGGACUCCACUGAGUACCUUUUCUGAUUUCUCUUGGGUUACUGCAUAUGAUGGAUUUUGCUUAUCAAACAAGGCAUUUGAUUUCUUUUUCCUAUUCCCUUGGCAGAAAAGGCGUACUAUAUUAACUAUUUCUUCCUUCAUAUGACAAUUCUAGAACUAUAAGGACCACAUAUAUAUUUUGAUCUAGGCAUGUAGAAGUAGUACGACCCUAAGUACUGGAGUCUUUGGUUGUUGGGGGAGAUUUCUGUCCUUAUACGUCUGAUCUAAGUGCAUUGCGUCAAUCUUUAGAUAUAAGCAAACUUCUUCUUUAUCUGGAUGUGGAGUUGGUCUAUUAUAGGUCUUCUUUUAGGGUAGAUAAGCUGUAGCCCUUUUCUUGGGAUUCAGAAGCUCUCUUACUAGUUCCACAAGCUAUGGAAGUUUAGUCCUCAGAUGAGUGAGGAUAUAUAUUUACUGCAGACUGCAGAGCCUUAUUCUUUUUCCUGAUGGGCAUUUCCAUAUGAGGUGGGAAAAAGAAAUCCAGUCAGAGGCCUCCCAGUCUACAACUUUUCUGUAACCUUAUUGAAUGCUGCUAAUAACUGUUGAAGUAUCAAUGUCCGAGACAUAAAUGAUACUAUAAAACAAUGAAGAUUCUAGUACACAGCCAACUACUUUUUUGGAACAUUUUCAUAAAAAGGAAAGAAUACCGAUCAAAUUUCAUCAAAUUGGUGCAUGCAGGCAUACAUCAGUUAGAUUCAGGGGUCAAUGACUAGCAAUAUUCAUAUAAAUACUGUUUUCGCAAGACGGACCUAGCACAUUUUGUUCAUAUCUUAUGCUUUUUUCCUACGAAUCUUGUUGUAUUACUCUAAUCGUGAUUUUUCAGCGACGUCUUAGCUGUGUUUACACAUUCACAACUGAGACACCUUAAGAGAAGUAAGGGAGAGCAGCUUCAAAGUUUAUCAGCAAUCAUUCAUUCAUUCAAGAAGAUGGCAGUUGGUAAAUUUUUGAAGUUUGACAUCAAUGGAGUUAUUAAUGAACAGUACUAGCCAGUCCCAGCCCUGCUUUGCUUCUGGAAAGUGGAAAAGCAGUCAGCAUUUACUACAACUAUUAACAUGGAACCAAAAAAGGAACCAAUUAUUUCUUCAUAAUUUUAAUCAAAAGGUCUCUCCUCGAAAUGCACUGCAGAAACCAAUGCUUCAAAGAAAAGGAAAGCUGAUUUGCACCAGUUUUUAGUCACUUAUCUGAACCAAUAGGGAUAGGCAGUGAGUUCAUUAAGUAAUAGGCUCAUAACUGCAGGUACUAUAACUACUACUACUACUGGCUAUGCUCUAUAUACCCAGAUCAGUAUUGUACUGUCAAAUUUAUUUAUUUUUUUUUAUAAAAAAAAAAUACUACUGCCAAUCAAUUUGCCAUCAGUGACUUAUACAGUGA